CCUCAUGAUGAAGAAACUUUUGAACAUAAUAUGAGCAGUGAACUACUUCCUCACGAUGAAGAAAAUUUUGAACGUAAUAUGAGUAGUGAACUACUUCCUCAUGAUGAAGAAACUUUUGAACAUAAUAUGAGUAAUGAACUGCUUCCUCAUGAUGAAGAAACUUUUGAACAUAAUAUGAGCAGUGAACUGCUUCCUCAUGAUGAAGAAACUUUUGAACAUAAUAUGAGCAGUGAACUACUUCCUCACGAUGAAGAAAAUUUUGAACGUAAUAUGAGUAGUGAACUACUUCCUCAUGAUGAUGAACCGCCCGAACUUGGUACAAAUGGUGAAGUAUUUUCACAUUAUGAUACGGAAUUUGUGGAAAAUGAUUGUGAAGAAUCUUUUUCAAACCAACAAGUUAGCUCGCAAGAUACUAUUAAUAUAGGAAAGCGUUUUGUAUGCGGUCUAUGUGGCAAAAGUUACUCAUCUCCAAAUAAUUUAAGUAGGCAUCGUCGCCUAACACAUAAUUCAAAUCGGAAAUUCUUUACAUGUGAUAUGUGUCAUAAAACAUUUUGUGAUAAUUUCUCUCUAAAUAGACAUCGUAAACUUCACACAGAGGAAAAACCGUUUAAAUGUGAUAAAUGUGGCAAAGGAUUUCAUCUGAAAAUUUAUUUAAAUAAUCAUUAUCGCAGUAAUCACACUGAUGACAAAUCGUGCGUGUGUGAUGUUUGUGGCAAAGCUUUUUCUACUAGAACUUACUUAAAAAAACAUCUCCUGUUCCAUUCAAAUGAGAGGUCUUUUGUUUGUCAUAUAUGUGGAAAAUCUUUUGUAUGUGCCCUUCAUUUAAAUAAACAUUGUCGUACUCAUGCGAAUGAGAAACUUUAUGUCUGCGAUGUGUGUGACUGUGCAUUUUCCACGAAUGAUGUUUUAAGCCAACAUCGUUUUAUUCAUGUAAAUGAAAAACCCUAUGUGUGUGAAAUGUGUGACAAAAGAUUUAAACAGAGGGGCCACUUAACUGAGCAUCGUCGUACUCACACAAAUGAAAAACCUUAUAAAUGCGAUAUAUGCCAUAAAACUUUUGCUCAGAAAUAUAGCUUAGCACAACAUAUGCUUUCUCAUACUAAUAAAAAAAACCAUAACUGUGAAUUGUGUGGGAAGGCAUUUACUUACAAAGUUAAUCUACGGAAGCACUAUCGGAUUCAUACGAAUGAGAAACCAUACCUGUGUAAUACCUGCGGGAAAUCAUUUACUCGUAAAGAUGGUCUAGAUAAACACAGUCAGUCACAUACGGAUGAAAAAUCUCAUGUGUGUCACAUAUGUGGUAAAACGUUUGCUAAAAGGUUCAAAUUAAACACACAUUUUCGUUCUCAUAAUAUUGAGAAAUCUUUCAAAUGCGAUUUUUGUGGCAAGGCAUUUUAUCAACAAGAAAGUCUGAGCGCGCAUCUUCUUAAUCAUACGAGCGAGAAGUCGCACGUGUGUCAUGAGUGUGGAAAAUCAUUCAUGAAAAAAACCUCUUUAAAAGAGCAUAUACGCACUCAUACAAAAGAGAAACCUUACAUAUGCGAUGUGUGUAAUAAAGGAUUUAUCCAAAGCUAUUCACUCAAGAGACAUUAUCUUAGUCAUACUAAAGAAAAACCUUAUAUUUGUGAAAUAUGUAGUAAAGCGUUUUCUGCCUUAUGUAACUUAAAUAGACAUUAUCUCACUCAUGCAGCUAAAAAUCAAUGAAUUAAACUUCUUUGUUAUCAUGCAUGUCUAUUAUCGAAUCAAGGGGUCAUGAAUGGGAUGCAUCAAAAGAACCUGUGUGAAAGAACAUAUACAAUCUCAUCCAAAAGUAUAAUCUUAUACAUACGGAAAACAUAAUAAAGGGUGUCCCAAAAUUAACGCAGAAUUUGAAUUCGCCAUCAUUCUUGCAGUAAAGUGUUGGCAACCAUAUUAAAAAAAACCAUAUGACAGCUAAUAUUUAGGGUUAGUAAAAAUGGAGAGUUACACGAUAGAACAACGUGUUAAUACAAGCUUUAAAUUAAAUUUUUUUCUUUAAAUUGUUAUAUUCUUAUUGAAUCGAGUAAAGUACGCAGGAUAGCGUUAUGUAUGGAAUAACACAUAGGAAAAAUGGCCUCCGCGGCUUUGCUGGUACAUAUCCACUCUUUUGUUGAAAUUUUCAGACAUUUGCUUAAAUUUCCCUGAAUUUCGUUGAUGCAGCGUUGAAUUUCCUUCUUCAAUGCAUGCAUGCUUGUUGGCAUAGACCUUUGACUUUAAAUAACCCCAUAAAAAGAAAUUCAAUUGUGUUAAAUCACACGUUCUAGGGGGGCAAUACUCAGAUUUUCGAACUGUGUCCGUCAGACUUUCAUUAUUUUAAAAAUAUUAUUGAACAAUGAAAACACGUUGUUCUAUCGUGUAAUGCUCCAUUUUUACUAAAACGAAACUAUCAGCUGUCAAUCGGGUUUUUUUUAUAUAUAUAGGGUUGCCAACACUUUACUGUACGAAUGGUGACAAAUUCAAAUCUUGCGUUAAUUUUGGGGAUCCCUUUAUAAUAAAGAAUUUGUUCAAAAAAGAUCGCUAAGACAAUAUUAUCUUAAUCAUUCUAAAGAAAAUAUCUAUUUCUCUGAAGUAUGUAGUAAAGCAUUUUCUGCUUAUGCAUUUUAAAUAGACAUUAUCUCACUCAUGCAAAUAAAAUAUUGUAUUGAAUAUUUUUCAUUAUCAUGUAAAGGAGAAAUCUCGCGUAUGCCAUGCUUAUGACAAGUCUUUCAUCAAAAGAACCAGUUUGAAAAAGAAUAUUCGUACUCAUACAAGAGAGUAAUCUAAAAAGCCAUUGAAAUUAUAUAUGUGAGGUGUAUAAUAAAGCAACUUAAAUAGAGAUCAUCUCACUCGUGCAAAGGGGAAAAAAUCUUUAAAAGAUUGUUUCCUUCUAUUAAUAAAUUUUAC